CGCCUGACACAAUUGGUACUCGGGAAUUAACGAAAUCAACCCAAAACCCAGAAAUCAAUUAAGAAGCAACGAAAGAGAGAGAAAGAUUUAGAGACAAAGUCCAAGCGUAAAUGGAGAAAAAUCAAAUCUUUGUUUGAAGGGUAUUUAGUGAUACAACAGGAACAUGGAAAAUCAAGAAGAUGAAGCUUCAACAACACAACAGCCAUCCUCAACAUAUUAUCUAUUCUUAACAAUUAUGAGCAAAAGGAGAACAUGGGUAUGUCUUUUUGUGUUAGUAUAUGCAAUCCUCUUAUCAACCUCAUGGAAUUUUCUAAAAUCUGUACUUUCUUGGUGCAAAGAGCAAAGCCAAGUCACUACUGCAGCUUCUUGUGGGUGGCCUGCGUUGUAUGCGUCUGUUCUUUUAGGGGCUGUUUUUGGAUUCCUUUCAAUGGUUGCAGCUCUUGCAGUGGCUGUGCCAGCCACCUUGGUAAUAUGGAUCACAGUUCUGGUCUUGUUGACUUUCUUUGGAAAGCCAAGGAGGGCAUUGGUGAUUGAGGGAAGAAAGAUCACUAGAGAAAUUGUUGGGUGUGUGUUAAAGAUUUUGUUAAAGGAAGGGAAUGUUGUGGCUGCUGUUUGUGCUGUUCUAGGCUACUUUGCUCUGGUUAGAAGGAAUUAUGAAGGCAAUUGAUGGGUUUCUUGUUUUAAUUAGCUGGGUUAGUUGCUUAGGGCAGUUGGGAAAGAAAGUGUUCGAUGAUUUUCUCUUUGUUUUGUGGGGCUUGAACUAGGAAUAAGAACUGGGGAAGCUAAAGGGGAUGUGUAAACAGUAUUACUAAUCUACUGUAAUAUGUUCAUUCUAAUCAAGUUGAUGAGCAGGAUUGUAUGCAGAUGGGCCUGCUUGAAGCUGUCAGGACUGAGGACCAUAUGCUUGCUUGAUGUGGAAGCUAAAGGAGAGGACACACUGCUGCAAUGGAUCCUUUGUGGCAGUGUCCAUAAGCUUCUUGUGACCUGCCAGGGAGCAAGGUAAGCCGGAUGGGGCCUGGGAUUCGAACCUUUCAUUAGCCGCUUUAACGGUCAACUAUAAGCACAUAUAAUCACUCAUCUUCUAACCAAUGCAACAAGAUGCAGAAUACUUUCAAAUUGAAGCUUAAUAACAAGGUAAGAAUGCAGAGAACUUAGAAAUUUAAGGGAGCAAAUAGGAAAAAGCCCAACCAGCUGGCCCAGGCCAAUAUGUUUAUAAUUUGAAAUUGGACUAUUUUGAAUUUUUUACAUGUUCAUCAACAUGGACAAGAAUGUUAUAAAAUAUCUUUUUAGAGUUAAAU